CUAAACUAAGCCCCUCCCCUCACUCUUCCCCUCAAAUAACAGCAAAGGCGGAGGGUCGCUCCUGCGAGUACGACGGCCGCAUGUACCAGAACGGUGAGGACUUCCGGGCGGGCUGCAAGCACCAGUGCACCUGCAUCGACGGCGCCAUGGGCUGCAUCCCGCUCUGCCCCGCCCACCUGCCACUGGCCACGCCCUCCUGCCCCGCCCCGCGCCUGGUCAAGGUCCCGGGGCAGUGCUGCCACCGCCUGGACUGCAGCGAGACCGCCAUCGCCGCGGCGACACCCGCCCGCCGCUGGCCGGCCCCGCCACCAGCCUACUCCCCGCUGUUCCCCUUCCUGCCGUACAAGCCGUACCCCUACCCGGACCACCCCUACGUCAAGAACAAGGCGUACCCCAAGCCCCACCCAUACCCCCACAAGCCCCGCAAGGACAGGAAGCAGUGGCGGGAGGAGGAGGGGCGGGGCAACGCGCUGCUGGACCCCGGCAGGAAGUGGGAGAAACCACAGCGACUCAAGCACCUGGCCACAUGGAGGCAGGCGGGCGACCAGUGUGUGGUCCAGACCACUUCCUGGUCCCAGUGCUCUCGGAGCUGUGGAGUGGGCGUGUCCUCCCGGGUGACCAACGACAACGCUAAGUGUAAACUGGUGAAGGAGACGCGGCUGUGCAACGUGCGUCCCUGCAGCUCCAUGUCCCUCCCGGUCAAGAAGGGCAGGAAGUGCUCGCGUACCCACAAGGCGCCGGAGCCCCACCGCCUGUCCUACGCAGGCUGCCGCACCGCGCGCCUCUACCGGCCCAACUACUGCGGCGUGUGCCGCGACGGGCGCUGCUGCUCGCCGCGCCGCACGCGCACCGCCACCGUCACCUUCGCCUGCGCCGACGGCGAGCGCUUCGACCGCGCCGUCAUGUUCAUCCAGUCCUGCAAGUGCAGCGACGAGUGCAACCACCUGAACGAGGCGGCCAUGACGCCCCAGCGGUGGCUCUACGGAGACACGCACAAGUUCCUCGAUUAGCCGCCGGCGAGCGUGAUGGAUUGGACCCUCCUUUCACCCCCGUCCGCCCGCCCACCCGCCCAGCCCCCCAACAUUCCCACCAAGCACCCCCCCCCCCCCCCCCCUCCACCAAGGCGGGACCGCCAGAACAACCAAGAGAGUAAAGGGCUGAUUAUGGUUCCACGUCGACGCAACGCAAUGACUCGACGCAGUUGUGAACCUGUUUUGGUUCUGUGUCAGGUUUUGGUGAGCAGACCGAUCACAGCCCUUGCUGCAAUAUUUGGGAGGCGCACAUCAGGCACUUGCGGUGGACGUACAGAGGGUCCGCAAGGCCGUACUGGGUCCGUAACCCCCCUUGAGUUGCGUUGACGUGGAACCAUAAUCAGCUCUUGACUAGUUUACCCCUAGUGUAUCUGAGUAGGAGCCAGCAAGGUGCAGACAGACAGAGUGGGGGGGGGGGGGGGGGGGGGGAGAGCUAGACUGAGGAGAUCUGCUUCUGUGAUUCUGUUAGGACCGCCGGUGGUGAACGGCCAUCGGGGUAUUUAGAACAAAACACCACGUGGAUCCGUCCAGAGAAACUCUCUUUGUUGUUUCUUUUCCUUGGACAUAUUCUUAAGAUGAAGAUAGCGUAAAGACGUUCUUUAGAUACUUUAUAAACGUACCGUACAAGGUUGAGCGUGUUUUAGAUGUUGUGUUUCCUUGAGGACCGCGUCCGACAUGCAAAUUAAAAGCUGAUUUGAUUGGAUUCAGGGAAGAUCAGGCAUGAGAGAAAACGCCAUUACAGACUCUUGGAGUGGACUCGACAGAACCGGGACGGGAUGGCGACGGUGUUCUGUCUGGAGGGAUGCUUGUAUCUCUAUUUAUUUCCUGGUAUUUAUUAUUGAGGAAGACAUCGCUAGCGAGACUGACAUGCUAACACGACGGACAUGCAAACAAAAUGGCUGACGCCGGAGAAGGGGCGUCAAGACAAGUCGCUGAAAGACUUCCUCUUUAAAGGUCAAAUUGUUGCUGAAAUAACAAUCGAAACUAAUGAAAAAUGUAAUUGAUUAUUUAGUUUCUCUCAUGGCUUCACUAAAACAUCCAUUAACAAUAAAAUUUGCCCGAAAAUCUCUUAAUUGGACCGAGAGCUAAGCUCGUUAGCAGAUUGGGUAGGCUUCAUUAACGGAAAACAUUUAGACUAAUCUGUUGAUAUCGGACGUUUUAGUAAAGCUGGCAGAAACACGAUGGUUUGAUUCCCCAGAGCGUAGUUGUUGGGAUCCAUCAGUUGUCUAAAAUGAAGUCUGACAUUUGUCUGGAAACAAACAGGCUGUGGGUUUGGCUGGAGAACUGGGACCCACUCUGAGAAAAUUACAAUCCCGACCCUGAAGUGGAAAAAUGCCUUGUUUGUUACAGAAAUAAAAACCCGACAUCUGUGUGUGCUCUGAAGGAAACGUAUAAUUUGUAAUUUUGGGCGGCGGAAUCAUUUUGGUUUUGCAAUCUGGUCUGUAAUCGAGCGGCCAAUGAUUCAAGAUAGAGCCGUGAAACUGAACUCAGUGUUUGCUGGUUUAUUCCCAGUAUAUCUGAACACGUCUAAAGGGUCUAGAGGACUUAACGACACCAAUUCUGGCUGUUGGCCCUAAUGGGCCCUUUGGUUGUUUAUCAUUCCCUUUAUGAAUACCGUUGUACAUUCUGUUCUGUACAUUAUGUCAGAUCAUAAUUUAAGGCCAGCUUAAGGUCCCUUAGGUCGGAUUAAAGCCAUGCACCUUAGAACAGGGUUUAAAGAUGACCUACUGGUCUAAUCGCUUACAAGCGCUAGUGUCGAUAGUCUACUUUGCAGUGUUCUACAAGUGAUUUAUGAUUUGAAAUGCCAUUUUUGCCGCUAGAAAUGUUUUAUUUCCUUUCUGCCAAAAAUAUGUUAAUGCAUUUCUAUAUGAAAGUAUACACAUUUCUACACUAGGCCUGUCAGUACUGUUUGAUAGUCAUGAGACUUUAUAUCAAGGUGUUUAGCUCCAUCCCCUCUUUGGAUGCUGUGGUUUCAGGAUAAUGUGUUACGAGUCUCCAUGGAGCAGCUAUGUACAGAUGCAUUUGUCUUUUUGCUGUAUAGCACACGUGCCAAUCUUCUAAUACAACCAUGCGUGUAUAGCUAGCACUGAGCAAGAAAAGUCCAUAUAGGUUGUAUUGAAAUCACUGUCAACCAAAACAAGUCACAGCCAUUAGCCUACAAGAGGCUGAGAAUCAUGUUACUGUCAUGAUGCAAGUUUCUUAAUAUGGAAAGGCAUCACUGCUUCCAGUAAGUAUGGUUCAGCUCAAAAUGAUGAUUGCACACUUAAAUAUCAAGAUACCCUGACUGGAAUAAAUAUUGGUUUUCAAUCUGC